UCUAUCUUUCUUUCUUAAAGACCGACACAUACACAAUAAUGAAAGUGGUUUGUUUACAAUUAUUUUGAGAAUCACAUUACAUUUGUAUCAUACAUGAAGGCAAAUUGUAGCAGAUUGUUUCUUCCCUCAAAAACAUUUCCUCUCCAAAACAUGUACUCACACAUCUCUGUCUCUCUCUCUGUCUUUCAUGCUCUCUCUCUCUGAUACACACGCACACACACGCACACAUACACAUUCUCUUAUGAGCCUUGUGCUCAGGACCUCUCAAGAAGUUGUUUUUACAGCUCAGCUGAUGCCUCUGUCUUGGGUGCUUAUGCUGGAUCUUUGCCAGACCACCACCAUAACUGUGCAUGCAGCAGCCUAAUACAUACAAACGUGGGAAUUUCAUCUACUUCGGUGACCUGCUAAACUUACCGAGCAACCAAUUGCAUAAAAGCCUUUGCAAACUCGAUGCCUGCACUUAAGCACAUAAGCUAACGCUACUAACCGGCACGUGGACUUCAAGGACCUGUGUACCAGGAGACGCUGGAAUUCUAUGAGUCCAUAUACAUAACCACAUCAGGACACUUCAGCAAGCCAUUUUUCUAGACAAACAGGAACUAUCAUCAUCACAGACCCUGGACAGUCGCUUUAAGUUGACAACCAUUUUGUUUUCUGAGGAGACACUUUUUGGGUGGGCUUGGCACCAUGAUUGACCUGACCUACCUUACGGAGAUGGAGCAGGAAAUGAUCCUGUCUGUGCUAAAAAGGGAUGCCAAUCUUAAGAAGUCAGAGGAACAGCGUGUGAAAAAUCUACAAAAGCAAGUACAUGACAAGAGCAAGUUGAAGUACCUGACUGGGGAGUGGUUUUACGAGACAAAAUCAAGACGUCACAGAGAUAGAAUCCACGGUUCUGAUAUCAUAAGAGCUUCCAUAAGUGGGAAGAAACCUGUGACAAUAUUGGAGCUCUCCCAGAUGUGGUCAGAGAGACCCAGCUUCGUGAACAGUGAGAACCAAGAUGUGUAUGUUCCUCCUGAACUGUCAGGUCUUUUGGAGGAGACCCCUGAAAAGUCCAAACACUACUACAGGGAAGACGGUGACAAUCUGCCCAAAGAGUCACAAGAUAUGCUGAAAAGAGUUUUGCCGUCUUCCUCAAAGCAAAGACAGAACCCAUUCAACAGCACACAACUUUCAUCUGCGACUUUGGAUGAAACAGAAGGCCAGUUAACUAAUGGAGGAAUUGACCCAACCAAGACACCUGACAGGGACCAACAUGAGCAGUGUCAUGCUCAGUCCCUUAACCCUCAGGUUUCCAACCUCCAUUCAGCUCAGCAGGAGUCAGGUAAGCCCAUACUUUUGGGGGCUGGGACCCAGGGGCUUUCCCCCACCAAGACAAAAGAGGAGGAUGCCCAAUCCCUGGCUAAGAUCCGUGAUUGGUUCAGCUGGGGACGCAGUGACAUGCCACAGGCACAGCUUCAACCCAUUGAUGAACCAGAGAGUCCAGUCAACAUCAUCACAGAUGAGAUACCAAGUGAUGCUGCCUCGGAGAAACCAUCAAAUCUCUUGUCCCUGAAGGCUCAGAGAAGGCUUCUAGGGAUAUUUAGUAGAUGGGAAGCAAGAAAAGAGAAAAGCCCUGCGGUGCUGUGUUCUGUUGAUGAGGACUUGAUCCCUUCUGAACAGAUCAAAGUAGAUGAUGCCCUUCUGAACAUUGGUUUCUCCCAAUCCACUGUCAAUACUUCUUCUGACCAGCAGCAAUAUCAGCAUGAAUGUGUUGUUGACGAACAGUCUUCUAAUAGUGAGGACAUACCAGACGCUAGGGAAGUUAAACAAGGAAUGGAUCAAAUUCCACAGGAGGCAGAAAAUAGUGCAUAUGGAGAAGAGAUUUUACCAGAUAAAUAUUUUUGGAAAAGUGACCCUACAACACUGCUUGGUAAACUAAGCUCUGAUAGUACACAAUGUGAAGUACCAGUAAGUAGAGAGGUUGACAUUGCUAAGAAUGCCACGCUGUCUUGUCCAGAUAUUCAGCAUGAUUUUGACGUAAGCGCCAUGACAAAGUUCAAAAACUUUGGAACAAUGAGCAAUGAUAGGCUUGAACCAGCCAUGCUGGUUACACAUACAGUCUUCCAGAAGGUAGAAACCUCACAAAAUUGCAACGCAGACCUUUGUGCUACUCUGUCACAUGAUGAAACAUCUGCAUCUUCUGUUGAAGGCAAUAGAAUGUUUAAAAUUCCUGACGUAGAUGGACCAUUCAGGGCAGGAUCUGUCCUAAUAUCUGAACAUCAUUCCAGUUCAUCUGUGGGCUUGGCAGUGGCAUCACAGGCUGUCCAGCCAGAAGAAAAGGCAACCAUUCCUUUACCUGUCUCUCCAUCCAGCCACAGUUAUGGCCAGCGGGGGGGUAUCCAAGUGUCGCUAGUUAGCCGAUCUCUCAGUCCACAGCCAAGCAUGAAGGCUAAGAUCAACAACCUGAAGUCUUUCUGGGAAAAGGAGAAUACUGGGCCAAGGGUUAUUGUUUGCAAACCAAAGAAGGCUUUGAAUAGUGAAACCCACGGAUGUUCAGAAUCCUCUCCAAUUCACCAAUCAGUUGCCACUUCUCAGUCUGAACUAAGACCAACUGAAACUGACCUAGUUGACUAUGAUAAGCAAAGCACUUCCUCAUAUGUAGUGAAGACCAGAACCUCAGGCUUCUCUAUGGAUGAGAAAAUAGGAAAGGGUUCCGCCAAAGCAUGUUUAAAUACGUCAUUGAGGAGUCACUGUAAUGUUAGGGAUGUGGAUUAUGUAAUUCUGCAAGAUCCAAGCAAGAUUGACAUUUUGAAAGGAAGGCCUUCAAGUCCUGAAACAUGUCUUCAUAGAUCUGAACUUCCAAAGUGGAAAGACAUAACUGAUGAUGAACUAAAGAGAGGUCCUUCAACGACUCACCCAACAGACCUGCACAAAGAUUCAUCAGGUUUCGAGGGAGUCGGGUGUGAUAGUUCUCCAUUAAAAACCUUCCUCACAGACAAAGUUUCACCCACAAGGGAGCCUAGAAAUGAGCCAGAGAGAUCAACACCAGUGGUUAGACAGAGAAAAGGACUUUCACAUGAGGUGAAGCAGUUAUCAAAGUUCAGUAAACAUACUCUAGGAAUCACCUCUUCCACAACACAGAUUAAACCUGAAAAGAAAAGGCUGGUUUGCCCGAACAUGCCACGGAGAGGCUCAGCACAGAGCUCACUCUAUUCUAUGCGGCCUUCACAAUCGCCCACUAAGUCAAUUCCUCAUCCUGUCAGAAGGGUUAGUUUAGGAAACUUACAUGUUCAGGAGGACUGUCAGCAGUCCUCUGGGUCAGAUCAUUGGCACCCCCAUGUGAAGAGAGCCUCUGAAGCUAUCAAAAGGGUUCCUGCUGAAAGAAAGCUCCCUGGGCAAUCGAAAGACUCUGAAAUGUAUCCCUACCCAGCAAGAUCUUUCAUUCCCCAGAGCAAUCAACAUUAUUUGGGACUCCCUGUCCAUCAGAGGACACAUAUCCAUCAGUUUAUCUCAGAAAAAGCAGACCCUCAGCAUAUUACUCCUUCUGGCAACACUGCAUUCCCUUUGAGCACGAGAAACAGUAAGGGGAGUCCAUGUUUGAUCAGUCCCAGGUCCACUGAGAAAUGUGUCGACGGCUCAUCCAGAAGAAGCAUGCCUGAGAUCUGGUCUCAAUCUUGGGCAAGUUCAAGUUGUCAUGAGGAGGACUUAAGCCUUAUCAGAGUAGAGAAGAAACAAAUGACUUCAAGACCCUUAUCCAGAAGUAUGGAAGACAUUCUAUCACCGCCAAAACGAGAAGACAAUAAAACUGACCAAGAAGGUGCAAUCAUUAAAACUGUGAAUGAUGUGUCUGCCGUCCCUCCCUCUUCCUCCCUUUCAGUACCAGAGCAGAUGAAGAUGAUAAGCAAGUCUGUGUCUUCUUUGCAAUAUGAGAAGGAUGGCCGAGACAGCGACUCCACCUCAGUGAACAGUCUCAUUUUCGGCUGGAAAAAACGGACGGGCAGCUCUCUCACUAACCUUAGCGUGUCCUCUGGCAUGGCGUCCAUGUCAUCUGUGAGCAGCAGCGUGGCAAGCAUCUACAGUGGGUUAGAAAGGGAUGUGGAUGUGAAGGGAACCAUCCAGUUUGCCAUUAACUAUGUCCAGAAGCUUGGGGAGUUCCAGAUCUUUGUUGUCCACUGCAGAGAUCUUGCUGUAGCAGAACCUAAAAAGAAUCGUUCUGAUCCGUAUGUGAAAUGUUACCUAUUACCGGACAAAGCCAAGAUGGGAAAAAGAAAAACCAGUGUGAAAAAGAAGACCUUGAACCCCACCUACAAUGAGAUCCUUCGGUUUAAAGUUACCAUGGAGACCCUCAAGACUCAAAACCUUAACGUCUCUGUGUGGCACAACGAUAACUUUGGACGGAACAGCUUCCUUGGCAAGGUGGACUUGGAUUUAUCAGAAUGGGACUUUAGCAACACACAGAUGAAUGACUAUACCUUAAAAGAAAGGAUGACAACGCAGUCUGUCAGUCCCUCUCCCUUUCGAACCAUUGACCAUAGAGGAGAGAUGAAAAUAGCAUUACGUUUCCUGCCACAGGUCUCCCACGGUAAGAGGUCAACCAAAACAGAGACGGGUGAAGUGCAGAUCUGGGUGAAAGACUGCAAGAACCUGCCUGCUGUCAGGGACAUGGUCAUUGACCCCUUUGUGAAAUGCACUGUGCUUCCAGAAACAAGCAGGAAGAGCCGUCAGAAAACUCGGGUUGUAAAAAAGACAGUAAACCCGAUGUUCAAUCACACAAUGGUCUACGGUGGCUUUCUGCCAGAUGACCUACGAGAUGCCUGCGUUGAAGUCACGGUGUGGGAUCAUGACAGGACCACUAACCAUUUCCUUGGGGGCUUAAGACUAGGCCUUGGAACAGGUAAAUGUUAUGAGUCAGUAACGGAUUGGAUGGAUUCAACAGCUGAAGAAGCAGGUUUAUGGGAGAGAAUGAUGCAGUCACACAAUGAAUGGGUGGAAGAUAUUUUACCUUUGAGAAUGUUAAUAAUGGGAAAAGGUUUAUCAAAAUAAGAUGGUGUCGUGUGAAAGGAUGUUUAUUUAUACAAGUAUUUGAAAAGGAGAAAGACAUUCUCAUUGGGUGCAUUCUUUUUAAAAAUGUUUAUAAAGGAUAGUUCAAUUGAUAAUAUAAUCUUUCAUUUUAGUAGGAGAAAGAAAAUAGAUGCACAUUGUAACAUUGGAGUAAAUUUUACUGCAUAGAUGUUUCACAGAUUAACAUGAACUUGAAAACAUGUUUUUAAGUUCUUGAUUUCUUUUGAUCAAAUAAUUACAAAUUGUUAAGAUAUAAUUGUUUUCAUUGAUUUAUUUCAAUAUAUGUUAAUCACUAUUUAUAUAUAAUCCCAUAUUCCAUAAUGUAAUUUAGAAAAUGUUAUUCCAUGGCAAAUAAAAUGAAGAACAUAUUUCCACAAUUUAUACAGCAGCUUUCAAACGUUUAAUCAUUUCAGAUGUGGGGUUAUGUUUUCAUUGUUAUUUUUGUUAAAUGUAUUAAUUUCCUUUACUCAGGUGUGGUGGGAGUCUGCUGUGGUUGCUGAAAAUCUGUAUUAAAUCAUGAUUACCUGGUAAAAGAUUACCUGGUAAAAGUAUGCAUUGUAUAAUACCUGGUUUUAUUGAGUUGUACACACAUGUGAACUCAGUACAGAUAAACAUUUCAACCAUG